AUGCGUGCCAGAAUUCGCAUGAGGCACCAGGGCUCACCAAAACAGUUGACGAGAGUGGGAUUCGAACCCACGCCCCCGAAGGGACUGGUGCCUAAAACCAGCGCCUUAGACCGCUCGGCCAUCUCGCCAUACAUACUCGUCGAAGGCAGCAGUUCAAAUGGAAUUCCCAGAUUUUCCACAGUUCCACAUGCGUGCCAGAAUUCGCAUGAGGCACCAGGGCUCACCAAAACAGUUGACGAGAGUGGGAUUCGAACCCACGCCCCCGAAGGGACUGGUGCCUUAAACCAGCGCCUUGGACCGCUCGGCCAUCUCGCCAUACAUACUCAAUCCGGAAGGCAGCAGUUCAAAUGGAAUUCCUAG